CUUCGUUUUGUUUUUAUAUAUAUAUAAAUAUAUAUAAAGUGUAAAUACUUAUGGGUUCAUCACUUCAUCUACUUGGUUUACUAUUUUCAGUGGCUGGACUUGUUUUAUUGAUUUUCGCCAAUAUUGGAACUACAUUUACAAAUAGUUUUUUACCUAACGUUUAUUUUGCAGAAGCCACCUACGGAACUAUCUCUAUACGAUUUGGUCCUUACAACGCAUGUAUAUUAGAUAAAGGAAUCAGUCAAUGUACCAAACCUACACCUGUCCAACAUUUUGAUUAUUCGACUUUUGGUAUCAAUGGUGUUGUAGAUACAAGUGCUUUGGAUCAACUUGCAAAGGCGUAUCAAUUCAUUGUCCUUAUCAUCCCUACUACCAUUCUAGCAUUCGGUGCUAUGCUCGGAUGGUUGAUGAUUCGAGAAAACAGGUCAGGUAAUCGCUUACCUAUUCUAGGUGCUUUUGCAAGUCUUUUUGGUAUGAUUUGUGGUACAGCAACUUUGGCGUUGGUGAUCGUCUGUUAUCAACUGGUCUUCAAGACUUUACAAACAAAGGUUUCAAUUGUGUAUCAUUGGGGUCCUUCUUUAUAUUUACUUGGUGUGGGUAGCUGUGGAUGUUUGUUAGUAUCUUUUAUUCUUUAUAUCUUUGCCUGUCUUCGCCACAAAAAGCAUGAUGAUUAUACAUACUUCCAAAAAGAUGAAUACAAUGCUUAUGCAGAUACUGGAUAUGCCGGUCAACAUCAUCAUCACUACUGAUCAAGAUGAUGAUCUAUUGUUUUAUCUUUUCUCCUUACUGUUACUUUUAUAUACUU